AUCUAGUCUGCUUACUGGUAUCUUUCUACAUCAGCUGCAGCUUGGUUUUUCAGGAACAGUAGCGAGCGAGACCCGUAGCCUGGAGGAAUCGACACGAAACCCAAAGGACCACACCAUUUUGCGGUAAAACGGAGGAGACAUGACGUCACUUCACACGCCAUUCCGCAAUUUCCGCUGCAGCAGAACCUCGUGCCAAAACGAGACCUGCUGCUGAGGGAGGUCUGCAAGUGAUCCGGCCGGUUACUGUACCCUUAGUCGUUUGACAGCCGACUCCCUUAUCGAGCUGCGUGCGAUAGGCUGGUUGAUAUAUAAGACCGUCGUCAGAUCGCAGAGCGUCGCCAGGUGUGGUUGUGCGACUCUCGGGCCAACCACACAGGAAAGGCCCUUUUUCGUUGGUGUCCUGUCCUCCUCUCCUCGCACCUCCGCCUUAUCUGUGUCCGUGUCUGCACACACGUGUGUCUCUAUCGCGUGCUCGUCUGGGGUACUAAGAAAAUACCAACCAAGAAACGACUUCGUUCAUAUGGACGACGGGUCCAGUCCAGGGCGUCUGACCUGCGAGGGCAGGCCUCACUAGGUUGCAUUCAAACAGCUUCUAGAAGGUAUUGCUGACGUCAGCGAGAUUGCUUCGCCCUAUCGCAUAGCAAGGCCAGAAUAAGAAGCAGCCGUGGCUGUUUGCGAGCCUUUGCGAGCUUCAAGGAGCUCAAGUAGGCGAGACAAAUAGACCAAAUAGGCCGUGACGAACAAGACGUGACGAACUGGACGUGGCAAUGAAGGGGCCCAUGUCGCCGCUCACUCUGCGCGCGACGGAGCUGGAGGACCGGCCGCCGGAGUGGAUGUCGCUCAUCGCGCCGUCAUCCUCGGCGGGCCCUGCGCCGCCCCUCCCGUCGUCGUCUUCCAGCAGCAAUGGCGCGGCUGCAGCUGGCUUGAAGCCCCGCCGCGUGCGCGUGCUGCCAGUGUCGCACCCGUCGCACUCCGACAUCUACAACAACUCCCCCGGGGGAGCCCGGGGAUUCCUCGGAUCCAACUGCUGGCUCGCGUUCUGGCGCGUAGUGCACUACCUGUUUCCGUGCACCAAGUGGAUGGCGGCUUAUAGCCUGCGGAACGACCUCGUGGCGGACCUUGUAGCGGGGAUAAGCGUGGGCGUGAUGCUCGUGCCUCAGUCAAUGUCGUAUGCCAAGCUCGCUGGUCUGCCCCCCAUAUACGGCCUAUACUCGGCGUUUGUCCCCAUCCUGAGCUACGUGGUCUUCGGCUCGUCCCGCCAGCUGGCAGUGGGUCCGGUGGCGAUCGUGUCCAUCCUCACGUUCGACGGGCUCAGGAAGGUUGUAGCGGAGAAGCUCCGAGACUCGGCUAUAGCGGCGGGCCUGGCUGGAGGGGGGUACGGCCCCACGGCUGUAGCAGGGGGCGUGGCGGGAGGGAUAGAGCUUCCAGCUAAUGCAGGCCUGAGUGGGUUCCAACCGUCUCGGUCCCUGCUGGACUUCCGAAGCUCUGUUAGCAGCAGUAGUGUCAGCAGUGGUGGUGGUAGCAUCAGUGGUGGCAGUGGCAGCGGCAGCAGCAGCGUUCCGUUUCCGUUCCCUGUGACUACUGCAGCCAGGCAGUUAAGCAGCAUGGGGUGGGGGCUCACUGCCGCAGAACUGACAGGAGGAGGAGGAGGAGGAGGAGGGGGGGGGUGGGAGGGGCGGUAGGGGCGGUGGAUGUGAGUAUGGAGGAGUUGGCGGUGCUGCUGGCGCUGAUGGUGGGGCUGCUGGAAGUGCUCAUGGGCCUGCUCAGAAUGGGUUGGCUUGUGCGCUUUCUCUCUCACAGCGUGGUAUCCGGAUUCACCUCGGGGGCGGCUCUCUUGGUGUGCGUCUCCGUGGCAAAGGACAUUCUCGGCUUCUCCAUGCCGGGCCAAACCACGUUUGUGGCAGCACUCUCGCACAUAAUCAAGCAGAUUGUGGCGGGGCGGGCGCACUGGCAGCCCAUGGCGCUGGGAGGGGGCGCGCUGCUGCUGCUGCUGCUGAUGAAGGAGGCCGGCAAGAGCUGGAAGUCGCUGCAGGCGCUGCGGUGUGCGGGGCCCUUCACCAGCAUUGUCAUCGGAGCACUGGUGGUCAAGUGGUGGCGGCCUGAACA